UCUCUUGCUGCUUCAUAACUGACCGAACCGCAGGAGCGCGAGGACGCGCCCUCAGGCAUGCGCAGAGUCCCGGCUGGGCUAGUCUAUUAAAACAGAAGCGGGGGAUGAAGGGGGAGGCGAGGAAGGAGAGUAUUACGUAAAGAAAAAAAGGGGGCGGAGACCGGGCAGGAGAAACAGACUGCCUGCCCAAUGGGAACGCGCCUUUCCGUUCUUCCUCCCUCCUCUCCCCGCCCCUCGUUUCUUCCCCGCCCUCCUCCCUCAUAGAUUUCCGCUCCAGCCGGCUUCGAUGAGUUACUGCGGCUUCUUUUGGGUCAGUGGCGUGCGGAGGUUCUGUCGCGCUCCCUUCUCCUACAGCCUUCCGGCGGUGACCGUUGGCCGGGAGUGUCCCGCCGUUAGCGCGCGCCUCGUCGCCCGCGGGCCUCGCGCCCUUCAGAAUCUCCCUCCCUCCUUCUCUCCUUUCCCCCCUCCCCCCACUCCCGGCUGGCCGGGGGGGAUCGUUGCCCUGAGUUCGACGGCGGCUCCCCCGGACUCUUCGCCCGGGCCGCCCCCCGAGUCCGAAGCAAGCGGCGCGAUGAAGCACCUGCCUUAUUUCUGCCGGGGUGAAGUGGUGAGGGGCUUCGGUCGGGGCUCCAAGCAGCUGGGCAUCCCCACAGCUAACUUUCCUGAGCAAGUAGUAGAUAAUCUUCCCAGUGACUUAUCUACUGGCAUUUACUAUGGUUGGGCCUCUGUUGGAGAUGGAGCUGUCCAUAAGAUGGUUUUAAGCAUAGGAUGGAACCCAUACUACAAGAAUACUAAAAAAUCUGUGGAAACUCACAUUAUACAUACCUUCAAAGAGGACUUCUACGGGGAAAUCCUUAGUAUAGUCAUUACUGGCUACAUCAGACCAGAGAAAAACUUUAGUUCACUUGAUGCCCUUAUUUCAGCAAUUCAAGAUGAUAUUGAAGAAGCUAAGAGACAGCUGGAUUUACCAGAACAUUUGAAAUUCAAAGAAGAUAAUUUCUUCCAUAUGCCAGAAAGCAAAAUAAUGAAUGGCCACUGAUGAAAAGCCAUUUUAUUUCCUUGUUCAUUUUUUCCUUGUAUUCCACUAUUCUUUAUCAUUGCUGCAGCCUUGUAUUUGGUUAGCUUAAGAAUUUUCCCAAUAGCUGUGAAUUAGUUUAUACAAUACAAUGUAAUUGCAAUUUUAUGAUUAAAUUAAUGUGAUAUUAAACCCAUCAUGCAGCAAUACCAAAAAGAUUCAUUUAAAAAUCAAGAUUUUUUAAAUAUGUUGAACUAUACAGAAGCUUCGUGAAAUACACUACAGUAAAAGCAGAGAGCAUAAUAGGAUCUUUAAGUUUUUUUAUGAUGGAAAUAUAUGUAUAUUAGUAAAAACUGACAGGCUUAACUCUAUUUGCAGAUGAGAAUAGAGAUCAUUUUAGUGGUUACAGAUUCUCUAUAAUACUUCUGAUUUCCAGCUAGUGCUACUAGACCUAGAUGCCAUGGAGAAGUAAAAUGUGCAUUGUGUGAAGCUUUAGCAAUCUGAUGCCCUGAAAGGAAGAAAUGGUAGGAUUUCUAUUUGAUAUGUGUAGUGUAAUAUAUUUUUUGUUAAAGAUGAGAUUUUGUGAAACUUCAUUUUAUUUGGGAUUAUUUAUUAAAAAGAAGUUUCUUAUUAGGGUCAUAUUAUUGCACUGUUUUCCAUUUUUAUAUUUAUUUUCAUGCCCUGAAUUCUAAGGGGUUUUUAAUUUUAAAAAAUUGUUCAGAACCAUAGCUCUCAAUUUUUCAUGUGUUUUCUGUCCUUUUAUUAGAUUUGUUUUCAAAAUUGUUUAAACCUUUUACUCCUUAAACUUUGGUUUCUUUCUGUUCAUAAUCUUUCCAAUUUAUGAUCUUUAUGCAUAGUGUUGUAUCUAGUCCUUUCUCUGUACUACCAUUAACUCUGAACAAUAAUAGAUAUGCAAAGGUUAUUGGAUUCCACUUCAGAAAAACAAAACUUUAAAUAUUGCAACAACCCCAGUUUUUAAAGUAACUCAUUAAAGUGGGGAUGGGGGAUAGCAAGAAUUAACCAGUUGGAUAGAAAAAGCAGUUCAGCUGUUUCCCAGAGGGAAAACAUUUAAGGGCCAAUUAAAUCAGAAUGUUUUUAAAAGUUAUUUAACUUAUUUUAAAUAUAAUGUAUGUUGAGCUUGUGUAAGCUCUGCUGUGAUUACAGUGUUAAUGCCAGUCUUACUAAUACUUGUAACUUGAAAAAGGAUUUAGAAGGUUUAUAGGUUAAAAUUUUCUUUAAAUCUUCCCCUCUUAAUCUCAUGUGUUUUUUCUCUUUUUAAAUAAACACCUGAAUUUUUGACCAGUUCUUUUUUUUUUUAAAAGAAAUGUUAUUUGCAAACAUUGAAAACAUUUUUAGGAAAAUCAAACAGAUCACCUCCACUUUAUAAACCUAGAUAGAAAAAAGAAUUUAGAAGAGAUCUUAGCCAUCCCUAGAUCAUUUCUGUUUGUUUUAUAGGGAGCUUCAUUGUGUAGUGCCUUAAAGAUCAAAAUGUUCAGUAGACAUUCUAAGAAUGUUAAAAGAAAAACAAAAGUUCAGGCUUAUAAACAAUGAUAUCCCUUGAAGAAAAUUAGUUUUUUUUUUUUUUAAAUGCAAAAACUGAUGGAGGAUGAGUAGAUGGCUCACUUAAAUUAAGUGUUUUAGAUUACUUUAUGAAGGACUUGUUUUGACAAAACAAAGCAGUUCAUGAGAUUAUUGCUUUUAUUUUCCAGGUUUUAAUAUUUAAGUGCCAUUUAAUCAGCAACCCCAUAAUUUAUUGUCUGGUGAUAAGAUGUUAGUGAUUUUACAAAGUAAAGAUUCAAAGCAAACAAUUGUAAAGUACAACAUGCACCCCUGUUUAUUGUUGGAAUAACUUUAAAAUAGAGCUCUACUUGAAUCAUUUAUCUUGCUCUUAUAACAUUUGUGAACUCUGAAAGCUUUUGUAUUUUACUGGUGACUAGCAUUUUGUUAAGUGUCAGCCAUUACUUUUUGAUUGGAUGUUUAUUGUUUGGACUUAACUAGGGAUUAGUUAUAAAACUGAUUUAAUGUAGUACAAGAAAUGUUACUUGUAGGGGGAGAGUGGUUUAAUUACAACUGAUAAAUCAUUAAUGUUUUCAGAAAUUAAAAUGAAUUUUGAGUCA